GAAAGCAGGUUGAGUGAGAAGAAUAAGGGAGUCAAGAAUGAAGAAGAAAAGGGAAAGGAAGCUCCUCCCAAAGACCUGGCCCAGAAAAAAGAUACAAAAGUGGGGAAAGUCUCUAAAAAGGAAGAAAGUGUUCAGAAAACAGACCCCAAAGUUAAAGCUGAGGCUGAGACCAAGACCAAAGAGGAGAAGGCUAUCAAUGACAAAGUCAAGGCCAUGGAGAAAAAGCUGCUGGGGAAGGACAAAAAGGAGGAAGAGAAGAGCUCCGUGUUAAAGAAGGAUGCAAGGAAGGAGAAAAAGGAGGAGGAAAAGGGCUCAGCAUUAAAAAAAGAUGCAGGGAAGGAUAAAAGGGAAGAAGAGAAGGACUCAGCGGCAAAGAAGGAGACAGGGAAGGACAAAAAAGAAGAAGAAAAGGGUUCUGUGCUGAAGAAGGGCCCAGGGAAGGAGAAAAAGGAGGAAGAGAAGAGUUCAGGGUUAAAGAAAGAGGCAGAAAAAGACCCAAAGGGAGAAGAUAAGAAAGAAAAAGAUAAAAAAGAAGAGGAAAAGAGUUCAGCUUUGAAAAAAUCAAAGGCAGAGGAGAAGGAGAAAUCCCAGCCGGAGGCAGAAAAGGCAGCGGAGGAGAAACAGGAGGCCAAGGUGGCAGCUGAGAGCAGCCCCUCCAAGCCCACCACCGGCAGCUCCCUGGAUCAGGCCAAGGAUGACGAAGCCUCCAGCAUUUUUGAUGAGCUCAUCGAGAAGGUGAAGAACAACGACGCCGAGGUGACCGAAGUGAACGUGAACAACUCGGACUGCAUCAACAACGAGACCCUCGUGCGCUUCACCGAGGCCCUGGAGUUCAACACCGUGGUCAAGGUGUUCGCCUUGGCCAACACCCGUGCCGACGACCACGUGGCCUUCGCCAUCUCCAUCAUGCUCAAGUCCAACAAGGUGUUGACGAGCAUCAACUUGGACUCCAACCACAUCACAGGCAAAGGCAUCCUGGCCAUUUUCCGGGCGCUGCUGCAGAACAACACGCUGACGGAGCUGCGUUUCCACAACCAGCGGCACAUCUGCGGGGGGAAGACGGAGAUGGAGAUCGCCAAGCUCCUGAAGGAGAACACCACCCUCCUGAAGCUGGGCUACCACUUUGAGCUGGCCGGACCACGCAUGACAGUCACCAACCUGCUGAGCCGAAACAUGGACAAACAGAGGCAGAAACGCCUCCAGGAGCAGAAACUGGCACAGGAACGUGGGGAGAAGAAAGAUCUCCUGGAGGUGCCCAAGCCUGGAGCCCUGCCGAAGGGGUCCCCCAAGCCAUCCCCGCAGCCAUCCCCCAAGGCUUCCCCCAAAAGCUCUCCCAAGAAAGGUGGGGCACCCGCUGCACCACCCCCACCUCCUCCUCCGCUUGCCCCACCACCACUGAUCGAGAACCUGAGGAACUCGCUCUCUCCGGCCACGCAGAGGAAGUUGGGAGACCGGGCGCUGCCGAUGCAGGAGAAGAACUCUCGGGACCAGCUCCUGGCAGCCAUCCGCUCCAGCAACCUCAAACAGCUCAAGAAGGUGGAGGUACCGAAGCUGCUGCAGUAG